AUGGAGCCCAAUGCUAUGUUCACCACUGAGCUCACGGCCACACCUGAGCGACUGCUCCGACUCAUCUUUGCUGGGGUCUGUGGCCUCAUCCUGCUGGUGGGGCUGUCAGCUAAUGGGCUCAUGCUGCUGGUGGUGGGCCGGGGUCCGGGCUCCCCCCACCCGCUCCACGCCCUGACCCACAGCCUUAUGAUGAACAUCACGCUAUCUGACCUGCUCUUCGUGGCCUGCGUGGUGCCUGUGCUGCUGCUGAGCUUCCUGCAGCACAACUGGUGGCUGGGCCCUGCCAUCUGCACCAUUAGCCAGGCCACCAACACAGCCACCACGUUCUGCAUCUUCUAUAGCAUGGUGGCCACGGCUCUCCUGCGCCCUGUGGCUGUGGCCUGGCCUGACCUGGCCUUCCCAGCUGGCUGGGGCACCCGCUUGCUGCUCCGUGGGGCCAUGUGGGCCCUGGGCCUUACAGCAUCCCUGCCGAACUGGCUGUUCCAGAGGGUGGCAGUGGAGGAGGAGAUGGCGGGGGCUCCCGAGACCCAGGCCUGUCUCUUGCUCCUGAGCCCUGCUGGGACCUCCUGCUACUUCAGCCUGCUGGGAGCCCUGGCCUUCCUGCCAUGCAUGCUGGGGCUGGGCUGCUCUUUCAGCCAUGUGAGCUGGCUCCUGUGGACCCAGCCCCAAGGUCCCAUGGGAGAGAGCAUCCAGGAGCAUUAA